AUGGCUUCAGCUCCACCGGCUGAGCCAGCACACGGCGGCGGCGGCGCUCCAGAUAACGUGCCUUCAGGGCCUCGAGGCGACGGCCACCGGGGUCGGGGACGCGGCGGACGUGGAAGGGGGCGCGGCAGAGGGAGGGGUCGAGGAGGAGGGGCGCACCACCAGAACACACAGAACACAGCACCACCAGCAGAACCCACCGCCGAAGAGCCGAAGCCACCACAGGUUGGGAAGAUCCUAAACUUCAAGGUCAAGAAUGACACACAGGAGGAGGGCGGCGAUGACGAGGUGGAGGUCUGCUUCAUCUGCGCCAACCCCAUCAUCCACCAGUCGGUCGCUCCCUGCAACCACAUCACAUGCCACCUAUGCGCUCUGCGCUUGAGGGCGCUGUACAAGAGCAAGGACUGCCCUCAUUGUCGGACACCCGCCCCGUUUGUCAUCUUCACCGACGACGGAACGAAGCGCUUCGAAGAGUACACCGACGCCGAGAUCACCAGCACCGAUAACAACAUUGGCAUCCGGUAUGCCGGCGAGGACAUUGUGGGCGACACCGUUCUGUUGCUCCGCUACAACUGCCCCGAUGCAGAGUGCGACUUUGCGGGCCUCGGCUGGCAGGACCUGCACCGCCACGUCAAGAGUGAACACCACAAGAAGAUGUGCGACCUAUGCACCCGCAACAAGAAAGUAUUUACGCACGAGCACGACAUGUUUGCCGACAAGGAGCUCACAGAACACAUGCGCCACGGCGACGACAAGCCCGGUGCCGUCGACCAGACCGGUUUCCGGGGACACCCGCUGUGCGGGUUUUGUGGUGCCCGUUUCUACGACAGCGACAAGCUGUACGAGCACUGCCGGGUCAAGCACGAACGGUGCUUCCUCUGCGACCGCCGCGACUCGCGCCAACCGCACUACUACCUAGACUACAACGCCCUCGAGGACCACUUCAAAAAGGACCACUUUAUGUGCUCGGACCGCGAAUGCCUAGAGAAGAAGUUUGUCGUGUUCGAGUCCGAAAUGGACCUUAAGGCCCACCAACUCAGCGAGCACGGUGGCUCGUUCGCGAAGGGAAGGGACGCCCGGACGGUCGACCUGUCCAACUUCGACUUGCGACAGAGAUACGAGCAGGACCGGAGGGGGGGGGGCAACCCGUGGAGGCGGGAUGAGCUCGCUUUUCCAGCGGCAGAUGCGCUCCAAACGGGACCAACACCAGCACGGCCUGCCGCUGGUCCGUCGCGGCCAACAGCCAGCAACGCGGCCCAAUCCCGGGUUCCGGCUGGCCAACCCAUCAUCGACGCCAUGGAAAACAUUAGCAUCACCGACCUCUCCACGCUCACCCCGGAACAACGCGCCAGUCUCACUCGGCACGGCGCCGUCAUCGAGCGCGCCGCCAACCUCCUCGGCAACGACAGCACCAGGAUGGCCACCUUCCGGACGCACAUCUCCACCUACAACCGCGGCUCCAUGACUCCCGAGCAACUCAUCACCGCCUUCUUCUCCCUCUUCUCCGAAACCUCCUCCACCGCCCUCGGCACCCUCGUCCGCGAGGUAGCCGACCUCUUCGACGACAAGACCAAAGCCGAAGCCCUGCGCCGCGCCUGGCAAAACUGGCGCGCCAUCAACGAGGACUACCCGUCCUUGCCCUCCCUCGACGGCAUGCACGGCGCCACCACCGCCACGACCGGCUGGGCUGCCGCCGCCUCCGCCAGCCGCGGCAACGCCAGCACCAACCGCAACAACACCCAAGCCGCCGCCGCCGCCGCAGCCGCGCACCUCCGCCACUCGACCCGCGUGCUCAAACUCAAGAACAGCACCCGCCGCGGCAGCAUCGGUUCCGUCAUGUCCGCCGCGUCCGGCGCCUCCUCCUCCACCCCGGCCUCCGCCUCCGCUUCCACUACCACCACGCCCAACCUCUCGUCCGUCCUCUCCCCACCCUCGCGCGGCCUCGCAUCAGCGGCCGCCUUCCCCGCCCUGCCGGGCCGCUCGCCGCAGACGAGCAGCCAGCCGAGUUGGAUUGGUGGGCCCGCGCCGAGGCAGACUGCUGCUUCCCCCUCUGUUGGUAGUGGUGGCGGAGGUGGAGGAGGGAGGAAGACUGGUGGUGGUGGUGGUGCGAGGGGGUUGUCGGGGGAGGACGCGUUCCCUGCGCUGCCGGCCGCACCGAAACCGCAGACGACGGCGUGUGGGUAUGGGCGCGGGGCGGUGAGGAGGGAUUUUGGGUUUGCGAGGGGCGGGGAGACGGGGUUUAGUUGGGGGGGGCAAGGAGGAGGGCAAGGACAAGGGGGGAGUGGGAGUGGGAGUGGAGCGGGGGGUGGUGGUGAGGAGGCGGAGGGAGGGGCGACUGGGAGUGGGAGUGGAGGUGGAGGUGGAGGGAAGAAGAAGAAUAAGAAGCAGGUUUUGGUGCAGUGGGGGUAG